UGCCACUUUUUAUUUCACGUUACUUUUACUUCACUUUCUCUCAUUUUCCCGGGAUUUCAUCAGAAAAUACCACUCCCGGCUCCGUCGCCGGUUUUUUCUGGUGAACCAUCCCCGAUCCGAUUCUGAUAGUAAAAGCCGGCCCGAUUCACUUCAUACUCUACAUCUGGUGGGUUCUAUUCAGUGAUUUAUUACUGAAGCCGUGGUUCCACUCCGAUUCUUCAGUUGCAUAGUUUGAUUAUCGCUGAAUUCCUUCCGUUCUCUGAAUUGUAGUGACUUUUUUGUUUUUUGGGUUGUAGGUUUUUGAAAUGAAGAGCUGAAUUUGUUGUUUGAAUUUAAGCUUGAAGCGAAUCUAGUUGAAUAAUUUUGGAAUUCGUUUACUGGUUUUGUUUGUGAAAAACUCACCAUUUCAGAAAUCACACUUUCUUCAAAGUAAUUUAUGGUGUAAAAGUGCUUAGUUUCUGCUGGAGCUGUGAGAGAGAGAGAGAGAGAGAGGGAGAGGGGGAUGACGUCGGGGACUCGGUUGCCAACAUGGAAGGAGAGAGAGAACAACAAGAGGAGGGAGAGAAGACGAAGAGCUAUAGCGGCGAAGAUCUUCUCCGGGCUGAGAAUGUACGGCAACUACAAGCUCCCCAAGCACUGCGACAACAAUGAGGUCCUUAAAGCCCUCUGCAACGAAGCUGGUUGGACCGUCGAACUCGACGGCACCACUUAUCGUAAGGGAUGCAAGCCUGCUGAACGCAUGGAUAUGGUGGGUGGAUCUGCCGUAACAAGCCCAUGUUCAUCUUACCAUCCAAGUCCCUAUGCUUCCUACAACCCAAGCCCUGGCUCCUCUUCCUUUCCUAGCCCAGCGUCAUCUUCUUAUGCUGCUGCCAACCCAAAUGGUGAUGGUAAUUCCCUCAUCCCAUGGCUGAAAAACCUCUCAUCAGCAUCCUCGUCGGCUUCUUCCUCCAAACUCCCUCAUCUAUAUAACCAUGGCGGUUCCAUCAGUGCUCCUGUCACUCCUCCAUUGAGCUCCCCAACUGCCCGAACACCCAGAAUUAAGACAGACUGGGAAGCAAAUUUGACCCGCCCACCCUGGGGUGGGCAGCUCUGUUCCUUCCAGCCAUCUUCUAUGCCACCAAGUCCCGGGCGUCAGAUUGUUGACCCGGAAUGGUUUUCUGGGAUCCGGAUUCCCCAGGGAGGACCACAUUCUCCUACAUUCAGCCUUGUCGCUGCCAACCCAUUUGGUUCUAAGGAAGAGGUUAUGGCUUGCGGAGGAUCCCGCAUGUGCACUCCUGGACAAAGCGGGACAUGUUCUCCGGCCAUUGCUGCAGGUUCUGAUCACAAUGCUGAUAUUCCAAUGGCUGAGGUCAUUUAUGAUGAAUUUGCAUUUGGAGGUCACAUGACAGGGCUGGUUAAGCCAUGGGAAGGGGAAAGGAUCCAUGAAGAAUGUGGAGUUGAUGAUCUGGAGCUCACUCUUGGUAGCUCAAAAACUAGGUAAAAACUGCACAACCGGAAAUAUCAGUCGUGAAUCUUGUGAUGUAACAAUUUUACUGCUUUUCUGUGUUACUUCAGAAGAAGGGUAAGAAAAGAUCAAGGUGAUCACAAGAAGUUGUUUUUUUUUUUAAUAUUAUAAUUUUUAUAAAUGUCAUUGUUCUUAAGUUAUAUACAUAUAUAGAUGUAGUUAGGGGUGGAUUUACAGCCUUUGAUCAUUGUCUGUUUAAAUGAAAGGACUCUUAUUCAUGUACGCGGAUCGGUGCUUUUCAUUUAUAUUUACCAUUUUUGUGUAAAUCCAUUUUUACCUUUGCCUUUUGAUAAUAUUUUCACGUGGAUGACUUAUUUUCAGGUAGGUAAUCAUUUGGUAUAUGAGUUUUUGCAAAUUAUUA